AUGCAGCAGGACGACGAUUUUCAAAAUUUUGUAGCUACCUUGGAAUCAUUCAAAGAUUUGAAAUCUGGUAUUUCAGGUUCUCGUAUUAAGAAACUAACCACUUACGCACUUGAUCACAUUGAUAUUGAAUCGAAAAUCAUAUCUUUGAUAAUAGACUACUCAAGACUUUGUCCCGAUUCUCAUAAAUUAGGUUCUUUAUAUAUCAUCGAUUCAAUAGGUAGAGCUUACUUGGAUGAAACAAGAUCAAAUUCAAACAGCAGCAGCAACAAACCCGGUACUUGUGCCCAUGCCAUAAACACGUUGGGCGAAGUAAUUCAAGAACUGCUAUCCGAUGCUAUUGCAAAAAGUAAUCAAGACCACAAGGAAAAAAUUCGUAUGCUUUUAGACAUUUGGGACAGGUCCGGCUUGUUUCAAAAGAGUUACUUGAACGCCAUCAGGUCAAAAUGCUUUGCUAUGGACAUAUCGAAUAACACCGCGAACACCGCUUCACAACAACUAUCACUGGAUCCCAAGCAGAGGUCGAAACAAAUCUUGUCAAAUCUAAAGAAAAGUCCUCCUUUAAACUUGAACAUAAGUCUUCCAACUGAUUUGACUUCCACAGAUCCAGCCAAACAGCAAGCAGCUCUUUUCCAAGUAAUAGCGGCUCUGCAGAAACAUUUUAAAACUUUGCCUUCACAUACAUCCGUGGGUACAGUCGCACCUCCCCAAGCCCAUACAAUUACCGAAUAUGGUAGCAGACGUGAACGUGAACGUGAAAGAGAAAGAUAUAACUCAAGAAGGAAUAGAUCAAGAUCUCCUCCGGCACCAUUUUCUCAGCCAUCGACAGGCAGGAAGGACCGCUAUCCAUCUGUGGCCCAGGACCAAUACAGCAUAGGCGCCCCCAAUACGACAUUUGGCACAAACAAUCACCACUUAUACCCCGAUGAGCUUAAUGUUUCCAAUAAUCCUCAUUAUAGACCAAAACCAGUAAGUUACGACUCUACAUUGCCACCAGAUCAUAUUAAAGUCUACAGCCGUACUCUUUUCAUCGGUGGGGUACCACUAAACAUGAAGGAAUGGGACCUUGCUAACGUUUUAAAACCUUUUGCUGAAGUACAAAGCGUCAUUCUGAAUAACUCCAGAAAACACGCUUUUGUGAAAGUUUAUUCAAGACAUGAGGCCGAAAAUGUUUUGCAAAACUUCAAUAAAGAUGGAGCCCUGCCAUUGAGAACUAGGUGGGGAGUUGGUUUUGGUCCAAGAGAUUGUUGUGACUAUCAACACGGUUACAGUAUUAUUCCUAUGCACAGGCUCACGGACGCUGAUAAAAAAUGGUCAGUAAGUGCGCAAUGGGGUGGCACUUCUGGUCAACCUCUCGUUACCGGUAUUGUUUUCGAAGAACCGGAUAUUAUCGUUGGUGAAGGUGUUUCUUCCAAGGCAAUAUCUCAAAAGAUGCCUACUGAUUCUGGCAGAAAUGGGCCACGUUCUGGUAAACCUAACAAAUCUGGUAGCAUAUCGUCGAUAUCUCCAGUACCCUACGGCAAUGCACCAUUGGCAUCUCCUCCACCACAGCAAUAUGUGCAACCUAUGAUGCAGCAACCGUAUGGUUAUGCCCCCAACCAACCAUUACCUUCUCAGGGACCUGCCGCAGCGGCUCCCCCUGUACCUCAGCAACAAUUUGACCCCACUGCUCAAUUGAAUUCUUUGAUGAAUAUGCUUAACCAACAGCAGCAGCAACAACAACAAAGCUAA